GGGCGGGGUUAUAUAUAUAUACACAGGGCGGUCAGGGAGACGCCUCAGUAUCACCCAGGACCUGAGACAGGUGUAGCGAGCAGGAGUCGUGCAGCAGAGUGAUGAAGACAGUCGUGGUGUUGGUGGUGUGGUGGCUGGGAGCCGCGGCCCGCGCUCACGAGCUCUUCCUUGGCACCUGCCCCAAGCCCGCCCCCAUGAAGGACUUCAACAUGGAGAAGUUCGAGGGUCUGUGGUACGUGGUGGAGACGUUCGAUGACCGGGAGGAGUGUCUCACGUGGACCAUCACCCGGGGUCCGGAGAACGGCACCUGGCACCUGAGGGAGGCCGAGACAAAAGGGGUGCUCAGUACCGUCGGACUCUCCAACACGGGCGCCACCACAGCCACUCUCAGGCCCAGCUCUGACAACCCUGCUAAGAUGAGGGUCAGGUGGCCCCUCAAUCUCGCAGGAAGCUACGACUUCACGGUGUACUCGACCGACUACCAGAGGUUCGCGGGAGUCUUCAUGUGCCAGCAGGUGGCGUUCUUCCAGCGGCAGAACGGUGUCGUCCUCUCCCGCACCCCGCACCUCUGGGUCAAACUCCAACAGACGGCCCGGCUGUCCCUGAAGGGUGUGAAGAUGGAGUACUACCAGCCCGUUAAGCAGGCCCACUGUGGCCGCCCCGGCGACGCUGCUGGCCCCACGGACCACGGCCCUCUGGCCACCACCAACACGGGACCCGAUGAGGAUAACCCCGACAGCGGGGCUUAAGCACUGAAUAAUCUGAUGAUCACCCCCAAAAGAAUCACAGGUUUCUUUGGGGUUAAUUUUAAAAGAUUUAAGGUUUUGGGUUGUUGGUUUUGUGUAUUAUUUUGUUAGUUUUAUUUGUGCGGCGUUGGGUUUAUGGUUUAUUAACACAGAGAGUUUUAUUGAGGCCCUCACAACAAUAUAUUGACCAAUCAGCAGGGACUCGAUAUAUGGAACUCCCUUCCUAAUGAAGUAAAAAAAUAUUCAACUUAUACUUUAUUUACGAGUAGAACGGUGAAGUACUUAAUUUCAUCAGCAGAGUCGCCCACCUUAAUUAUGUUACUCACACAGUAUUUUACUAAUUAGAAGAAUAAUCAUAUAAGUAUACUGUCUUUUAUCGCCACUUAUAUUGAUAUAGUAAUAAUGCGAAUUUAAAUUGUCAUUGUUUUUCUGAAUUUAUCCGAAGGCCAUUAUCUCUCUUGUGGUCUUGGCGGGAAGCCGGCGGAUUGUCAAAUGACCCCGACUUUUCCUGGUGAUUUUAUCCACCUGCAUUUUGAACUGUUGCAAUCAGUUUUGGUAUUUACGGCUUCACCUUCUAGUGUUAAAUUCAUUACAAAUCCUGAGUUACCUCGAUGACCUGCCCGGAACGCUGUGUGCCAGAGGCUCUGUAAGUGUAGCACUUAAUCACCAAACUUGCUCUUACAACUCAUAUUGUACCUCCUUCUAUAUACAGUAAAUAAAUAACCUAAAUAGGUAAACUAAAAUAAACUCAACUGGGGACAUAUUCUUUGCCAGUCCUGUUUCAUCAGCCUUCGUCAGUUAUUAAUCAAUAAAUGACAAAGAAUCGAUAUCGAUUGCCAUUUUGCAACAUCUUAAAUUCACAAAGUGAUUGAAAUGGUCUCAAGUAACCAUUGAAAUAAGAGUUUGUUUUCUACCAUAAUGGUGAACAGCAGCGAGUCGGUUAUCAUAGACCAGGAAUAUAAAGUGGAUUGCACUCUUCCAACCCGUCCUCUUAAAAAUAACGUCACUUUUGGCUCGUAUGCGCGCUAUGGCCAAAUUUGGACGUAAUUUGAAAUUAAAUCGAAUCAUAAAAGUGACGUUCUGUUCCGUUUUCUAUUUGAGUCGUCCGGCCUACGCGCAGAGGUUAUGCCGAGUCACUAAAAUUCUGGAUGUCACGUUGUCUAUAUGGAUCUCACACAGUACUGAUGUAGGGGCAGAUUACUCACAGUUUGUUCUGGAUUCCAGUAUUGGCUCAAAUUAUAUUUUAAAUCGAAAAAUAAAUUGCAGAUAAUUCAUUUUAUAACUAUCUUUAUUUGCAUUUAGUUUGCACCUCGAUAAAAUGAUAGUCACUUAUUUCUAUCAAGUUGAUAAUGAUAGUUGAUUUGGCUUUCUUCCAAAGCCAUUUUCCUGUUUGCCACUCUUCUCGUUAGGUUCUCAUUAUCCAAUCUGUCAUUUUCUUCCAAUUGUGACAAACUUAGCUAUAACUAAGUAACAAAUACCCCUAAGCUAUAACAAACAUUUAAGAGACAGUUUCCAUUUUAAUCUUCCUCAACAAGACUUGUGUAAUGUGUCCAGUUACACAAAGAUGUGUCAGUACUGCUCCACAGAGUUUCUUCAGUUUGAACAGUCAUCAAUGCUGAUGCUGACCCACAGAACUGGAACCUGAGGAUUGUAGCGGCACAUUGAAAACCUGUUUUCAUCAGCACUCAUCAAGUGCUGAUGUUGCUUCCUCUUGUGAGCUUCAAACACGUUAGUUAUGAAGUUUAUAAAAAUGGAGUAUUAUAUAAUUAUAGUUAUGCUUGUA